AUGAAAUCUGCUGAAAAUGUAAGCUCUAGACGAUUUUCAGCUAUUAUUUUAACUGUUUUCGGCCGGAAAUUCUAAAAAAAACCUGAAAAUUCAGCUGUUUUCUGACUUUUCCAUGUUUGCCUGCAUUUUCCGCAUUUUCUUACUUUCAUCCGGUUUCAAUGGCUUUUUUUAGGAACUUGCCAACCUCUAGCGCUUUGAAUUUUAUCACGUCUCUUUUGACUUUUCUAUUUUCUUCGAGAAAUCCUCAAAUUUUUCCGAUUUUCAGAUGGUGCAAGCAAACGGAGCCAUCACGGGCACAAUUCUGAAGGCUCGCUUCGGUAACGACAUCCGCAAGUCGUCGCUUCACCACAACAACGACCUGACGUUUAUCGAUUUGUUGCUAAACGUCCAGCGAAUCUUUGGGCUUCACGGCGACAGUAAUGUUGUGCUCAAGUACAAAGAUCUCGGUUAGUUUUGUCCUAAAAACGUGCGUUUUUUCAAAUGAAAUAUCAUUGCAGAGGGAGAUCUGGUGACACUUGCCAGUGAUAGCGACCUGUUGUUGGCGUUGCACACUGCUGAAGGCGCGCUUGAUGUCACCGUGACUGUGGAUUCGGAGGCACACGAGCAAGUGCUGGACGUGCAGAGACAAGUUGAUCAGCUCAAGGUAAAAAAAAUAAAAUAUCGCUUUUGAAUUCUUAUGGAAAACAUGAUAUUUUUCAGGCUGCCACCCAGAAGUUGCUGAGCCAGUUGUCUACGCUCGACAACCUCUCUUCCCUGCUCGCGAGAACGUCCAUCUCGGCUCCGGCUCAUGAUCACGUUGUGCUGCAGAAGACCUACGAGGCUCCGCCAUCUCCAGUGCCAUCCGAGAAGCCAGAGCUGCCGGCGACGAUCCAGCCAUCGCUCCAGGAGCAAGUGGACAACUUCAACCUUCGUCCAGCCCACGUCGAAGAGGAUAUUCCAUUGGAGGCCUCGUACCCGCCGCAGAAUGCUCCAUUCCAGCCGCUUCAGGCCGACUCUCUGAACUCGAGCUUCUCGCAACCGCCGCCAAUUGAGAACUUAGGCGCGAUUCCGCCACCUAACGCCACCAUUCCGUCGUUCCCGACUUCGAACGCGGCUCUUCCGCCUGUUCAGCCGGAGUUCAACCAGUAUGCUCCGCCGCCGCCGACUCAGCAGUUCCAGGCACCCCCACCGCCAGUCUCUGCUUCAUACUCCUCGGUCUCCUCGACCCCGGUUCCACAAGGAGGACCGCCACAGCCGAACUACGGAGUUCCGCCAGCGCCGGGUCCGUUCAAUGCUCCAUCGCCGCCAACCGGACCACCAUCUGAGUACGGAGGAUACGCCCCGCCACCACCAAAUGCCGGAUCAGGACCACAAGGGUUCGCUCCGCCACCACCACCACACCAGCCGCAAUUCGGAGGACCACAGCAGCUACCACAAUCCUUCCAGCCACCUCCACCGCAAUUCGGAGGAGCUCCACCAGCCGGAGGACCUCAAGGAUUCGCUCCACCACCACAGCAGCAAGGAUUCGCUCCACCACCACCGCCAAGCCAGGGAGCCCCAGGCGGUUUUGCUCCGCCACCUCCACCUGGAGGUCCGAGCGGAUUUUCUGCUCCACCGCCACCACAAGGAUUCGCUGCGCCACAAGGGCCAGGAGCUCCGGGAGCACCAGGAGGAUACGGAGGACCACAACAGGGAGGAUUCGCGCCGCCGAAUGCAUCGUUUGGACCGCCACCGACCGGAUUCCCAGCUGGAGGAGCGCCUCCACAAGGAGGAAAUCCGUUUGCGAGAGGGCCGUCAGCCGGAUACCGUCAAUCGCCGUAUCAUCAGUGAAAGAUGAUGAAUUCAUAUUAAAUGUUUGAUUGAACUCUCUAAUUUAUUGAUGUUUUCUCCCCUUCUUCCCGUAUUCUUCUCCUUCGUUCUUCCCUUCUCUGUCUAGUGUACUUUCACACACCCCUGUUUUCUUCUCCAUUUCCACUCGCGAACCCCCAAUUCUUUGUGAUAUACCAGUCUCCCCCCCCCCUUUCGCCCCUUACCGGAAAAAAUGUGAAUACGCUGCGGCUUGGAUCUCCUAUGGAGUUUUCGGCGCACAUUCGCAUCAUUUCAGUACCACACAAAUGGUAAAAUCCGCCCCCAAGUCUGUCUGUCUGUCCAGUCACCAUUUCCACCCCGAAUUCGCAAUGGUUUUGUGCUCUAGUAGAAUAUAAAUUUAUGCAGUGUGUAAACAGUCGAGUCUGAAUUUAAAAUAAUGCAGCGACCCAGACCAAAAAUGGUCAUUUUAACAUGAGCUCCUCCCGCCGGAACAAUGCUCUUUUCGUCUCGGCUCUUCUAGUUUUUUUGAUACUUCAUACACAGAUAUCCGAGCAUUAUUAUAAGAGGUUUGAAUGGGAAUUCAGAAAAUAGGAUGUCUUUUGGUUUCAGCUGCGAAAAAUCUGAAAUUAUAAAUUUCGAAGAGCUGGAGUGCGCCAGAAUGUUCGACGGAGACGCGAAUUCCCUGGCUCGCGGCUCAUUAUUCAAAUUCGACGACGUCAUCAUUUUGGAGCAAAUUCUGAGCUCCCGGGACAAAUGCUCAGAAUUUCAGAGCAUUUUUCAAUUUUUCCGAGAGCCGCGGAGUGCGGAAGAGCGCGCAUUUCCGUUGGCCUACGGACUGCUCAUCCACGACAAUUUUGUGCAGGUAUGAAAGUGCGCUCCAUUGCGAAUUCACUAAAAGUUUCAGAUUUCUCUACUUUUAUCCGCAAUCUAUCAGCCACAAAAUCAAUUUUGCCUCGCUAUUGACGGAAAUUCGUCUCCGGAAUUUAUUGAGCUCAUCCGGAUGCUCAGCCAGUGUUACGACAAUAUUUAUUACUUUGUAGGUGCGCUCCACUGAGAAUGCGCACUUUUCAGCGAAAUAGACGUUUUUCUCAAUGAAGCGCACUUAUUUCACGUGAGAAUUCUCGAUAAAAUACAUUUUGAAAGGUGACGGAGGAAAUUCGCUGGUGCGGCUACGAAAUCCUCACCUCCGUCUUCAGAUGUGUCGAGCAUUUGACCGAAUUGAAAAGCGAUUGGAAAUAUUAUCAAGUGGGCGAAUUCUAGGUCAUCAAACCUAGGCCACCGCCAAUUUACAGUAUUUGUCGGGAGUUGAUGCGCCGUUAAAGUCGAAUUUGGAAAUGGUGCGCAUUUUCAAAGCGCUGAACGGUAGUUUUAACGCGGAAAUCGAUCAAUUCGAAUAUUAUCGGCUGAAUAGAAAACGGGUGUGUGACAAUACAUUUCUGGGCAUUUUUUUUUUGGAAAUCUCCUAAUUUCAGCCCUGGAAAUCGCCGCUUCCGCUGUUCAAAACCUCGCUUUCAGCCACUUUUUCACGAGAAUCCGCAAAUUUCAUGGUCAAAAACGAGGUAUUCUGGGCCACCAAUUGGGAAAGUUAGGCCAUUCCCCCCCUCUUGCAGAAAGUUCAAGAACAAAUUGAGUAUUUGCGAGGGACCGAGUGCGCCGACGAAUCCCUGUGGGCCACAAUUGCCGGCAAUCCGAAAAGUAUCUAGCUGGAAAAUUGAGCAGUUUGAUAACAUUUGAAUUUCCGCCAGCACUCGCAAUGCCGGGCGGUUUCAACGCCCACACGUGGCUUCAGAAGAACCGCUUCGUGCCACGUCAUCUCAGAUUUAGACACGAGGAACGGAACGGCACUUACAAUGUGACGAGUUACUAUGUUUCGAGGUAUCAACAAUAUGUGAAUAGGCCCCCGGCAAAGUGUCAAGGUGAGUGGUGUGUCAACGCAUAUUUGUGCGCUGAAACUUGGUCGCAAUUGCCCUCAAUCCAAGUCCAACACAAUUCAGCAAAUUUUGGGCCCGAUGGGAUCAUUGCGAAUGGAUCAAAAGUCUCGGUCAAGAGCCGGCAAAUUGCCCAGUCCAUUGA